AUGCAAUACUGUAAGGAGAAUUUGUAUUGGAAGAGGAGUGUGAUCGGUGGCAUCAGACGUCAGGCCUUAGUGGUACAGUCCAUGUGGCCAGAUUGCAGUAAUCAAUUGAUAAAGAAGUUAUUUGAAAAUGAAUAUUCAAUUGGCUUAAACGACCUUCAGAGCCUAAGCAAAGAUAUUCUUAAAGGGGUAACCGCAUGUCUUGGACGUCCUAUUCUUUGUUGGCUCCUGAGUAGUUUAGCCACGAGCCAGAUGUAUUCAUUAACCACAGUCACACAAGUCAGGCUCAAAACUGCCUUGCCCUGCUUUACUAUUUCUAGCUGUUCGAAUAGCAGCCCUAUUCUUUAUCCUCAUUACAAUUCUAGCUUUGUCGAAUCUCUUCAUCCCAAGCUAGAUCAACACCAGAACAGGCAGACAAUGGAGCAAUUCCACUCCAAAAUCUCUUCGCUUCAUUCUCUCUGGUCAUCCCUGGAGGCACUACAGGAUGCUUCGACUGUAGAUGCAAAACUCAAACCAGUAAUUGAUCAGUUAAACUUGGUUAUUGCUCAGGCACACUAUGAGAGGGAUCUUCUGGCUGCUGAUAUUGAGGAUAUCUUGGCCAGUAUCGAAGAGUCGUGCAAUAUUCUUGGAAUAGCAAUGGAAAAUAUUCUGGCAUCUGAUCUUAGUAAUGGGCUAUCAAUGGAAUACAGCCAGUACCAUCCUCAUAGAAUUGCACCUAGCUACUCAAAGCAAAAGGCUUUAUCUGCCCUUGACGCAAGAUUGUCUUCUGAAAUCCGCGAACGCCGCCGUCAUGUCAAGCAAUGGUUGGCGACGAUCGGCCGGCUCGCAACGGAGCUCGCGGAGUCUAAUUCAUGGUUGCCAUGGGAGGCUUAUUACGAUGAUCUAAGCUGGGGUACUGUUCAAGGGAUUAACUGCAAUUUACGAGAUCUUUUAAACCUAGAGACAGAGCACAAGUCACGAUUUGAAGCUGCUACUAGAUCGCUUCAUUAUUCAUGGACUGUUCUCCAUCAUAUUCCAGAUAAACAGGAUCCCUGGGAAGUAGCGCUUAAGAGUCUAUUUUCUGGUAUCAAGGUUGAUACAAACAUUGAAUCUGGUCCACCCAAUGUUAAAGAUGCAGCAGAGUAUUACCAAAAGGUGAUGCCUACACCCCUGUCGCUUGCACCAGAGGCAUUGCAUACCUUAGAGGACAAAGCCAGGCGAGCCAACGAUAUGUACAAAAGUCAGCUCGACACAUACCAUAGAUUGACCAAAAGGGUCCGUGCCAUCUGGGAUGAGCUCUGUGUUUCCGAAGACCAACGAUGCCAAUUGAUUCCCUCACUUGAACCUGGAAAUAUUCAAAAGAUCCAGGCUGAACUUGACAGUUUUAAAGACAUUGUCAAGAAAAUGACUGAUGGCUAUAUAUCAGUUCUCAAGGUAAGGCUAGACAGUCUUUGGGACACGUGUCUAGUUAACAAGUCAGAGAGAGAAGCGUUUAUUGCAAAGCUUUAUGAAGAAGCCAGCACAGUGGAGACAACGCGCGUGAUUGUCGAUGAGCAUAUCGCAUACCUCAAAACGAUACAGCACGAAAGCAGUACUGUUUCAGAACUUAUGAAACAACGCAAAGAACUUGUUCAGAAAAUGAUUGAUUUUGAAAAGAACGCGUCUGAUCCAAAACGUCUGUUCCAAGCAUCAUUUCAACUAUUAGACGAGGAACGAUGGCGCAAUACAUGUUUUCCAACUCUGGUGCGACUAGACAAUGAACUCAUUCAGGCAGUACAUGAAUUUGAGCGAAUAUCCCACAAACCAUUCAUGUAUAACGAUCGCCGAUAUCUUGACAUCCUUGCGGAAGAAAUUGCAGAUCGUUCCGCCAACCAAACAUUCUUUGGUUUUAUGAAUUCCGAACCAAACAACCGUUCGGCUCGUAAUUCUAAAACAAAGCAGCUCUCAAAAGCACGCCCUCCACUAAGCAUAUAUCCCUCAGAUACUUCAAAGAGAAAUACCCCUUCAAGUCAAAGAUCCUUACAAACAAAUGCACUGGUACCCUCUAAUUCACUUACACAACGAGGUUCAACAAAGAAAGUGAUGCCUUCUAAGAGAAAGGGCUCUCCUUCUGGCACUCUUUUAGAGCGCUCGCCAUCUCCUUCAGUUGAGAAAGGAAUUGAACAAAAAGCGACAGCAUCAAAAAUACCCUCAAUUAAUACUGUUGUUCUUGACUUGUCUAUUUCUGUCGCAAGACCAGCUACAUCUGUUUUGAACGAAAUAAAUAUAAGUCAAGAUGUCGCCACUUCGGAAAUAAGGGUCGACAAUUCUAUGGCAAAUUUGCCAACUUAUUCUAUUUCUGGUUCUGCACCAGUCCCCCCUGAACAAGCCAACAAAAGCAUGAUAUCUGGAAAAUCAAAGGUUGAUUGUCCUUUAUCUUGUUUACCCGUUUCCCCGAUUCUUCGUAGUCCAUCACCCAAACCAAAAACAAAUCAAAAGCAAGCUCCUGCAUAUUUAAAAGUUAAUCGCUCUUCAUUACCAGUUCUCUCCACCCCCACCCAUCUUUCUCCUGAACAACCGUCUGAAAUGUGUGUCGAUCUUCCAAACCUCAAAGCGCUGUGUCCAAGCCUUCUCCUCUCUCGUGCUUUUGCUUCACCGUCAUCCACAGACCAACCAAAUAAGCACGCAAUAAAACCAGACACCAAGACCACCAAGUCAGUGGACAUCCCAAAGUCGAACCCCAAAUCCCAAAGUCCCACAAAAUCGCCAAACUGCCCCGCUGACGAGUACCAGGCCUUUCUGGAUGAACAUAUGCAUAAAGAUAAGCUCCCAGAGCUCAAAUUAAAGGCGGACAGCCCUACUUCAUCUUGUUCGUCUCGCUCAUCAUGUUCGCCUGCAUCCACUGUAUAUGACUCAUCGUCUUUAACUGAAAACAAGACUGGCGAAUGUGUAGAUCAGCAAAGGUCCAGGACAGGUACUCCGUCUUCCCCUCGUGAUGCCCGUUCAUCUAAACCUAUCAAAUCCCCGAGCUACCCUGAUCAAGAAGACUACCAGGUCUAUCUGAUUGAGCAAAUGCUUAAAGGAACUUUGCCAGAAGUCAAGCCAAAUGUUUCUGACGACUAUCACCCCUUUCUCAUUAAGCAGAUGGUUACUGAAAAGUUGUCAGAGGGAAUAUCAAAGACCAGCAGCCAAGCUUCUUCGCGAUCAUUCGGAAAAUUUGAUUUUUCAUCUUCUUUAUUUGAAACAAAGGCCGAGAAAAGCGUUAGUGAAGUAAAGCCUAGAGCUGGACGUCCUUCCACUCCCCGUGCGCUUAAAUCACCAAACUAUCCAGCUGAAGAGUAUGAUGCAUUCUUAGUGAAAAAGAUGUUAAAGGAAAAACUCCCAGAAUUCAAAAUCAAGGGUGCUAGUCCGACCUCCUCACGCUCUUCUAGAUCUCCCGCUUCCGCUUCCGCCUCCUCUUCGUAUUCUAUGAACAACAUUAUCGACAAAAAUGUUGCUGUCGCAAAUGAUAAGGCUAUGAUCGAGGAAAAAUGGACACUAUCAAGUUCAUCGGAAAGCAGCCCUACUCCUUCUCGUCUACCUCAAGAGUUUGACUCUUCUGUAUUUUCAGUUGAGAGUGAGACCGAAUUAAUUAUUGCUAAUAAAAAUACCAAGAUGGCAAAACAGAAUAGCUAUCCUCCAGCUAGUCCAUCUCGUACGCCUAUUCCUACAUCUAGCCUUUAUUCAACUUCUGCUAAACAAAAAAGAAGAAGCAAGAUUGGGGAAUCAAAGUCUAAGUCAAAUUCCCUAACACCUUCUCAAUACCUGGAUCAAGAAAGAGAAUCUCGGCGUCAAAGCCAAAUACUACAAUCCUUUACCCAAUAG